AUCUCCUUCUGGCCGUUUUGAGGCUAGUCCACAUAGACUGGAGGCAGGUUGAUUAUUGGGAACCACCGGCUACGAUAGACAAUGAUGAGGCGGUGAAGUGCUGUAAAUUGCAGUGUAAUUCGCGUUUAUCCUCUCACGUUUAUACGAUUUGUUCGACUCUCUUGUGCAAAAAUGACGACGACCACGACAUUUCAAGGGAUGGAGCCCGGCUCUAAAAGCAGUUCCAGGGUAUUGCGCCCUCCUGGUGGCGGCUCCAACAUUUCACUGGGUGCAGAUGAGGAGAAGCCUCCUGUCCGGAAAAACAAGAUGGCCUCCAGCGUUUUCGCUGAGCCAGAGGACCCCUAUGCUAAUCGAAGGAACAACCCACCAGGCGGGAAGCCCACAGGUGUCUUGUGCGGUGAGCCGUCAGCCCCCCUGAGGAGAGGAGGGAACCACGCCAUGAACAACUCCGCAGACGCUCCUGCCACAGAUGGAGACAAUUCUGCACGCGAUACUGAAAACUGCGCUGCUGAGCCUGAGCCGGUUCCAGAUCAUCCAGAGGAAGCCCCUCCAGCUGAGGAACCCGCCGCGGGACUACCGUCCGGCCGCAGAAAUCCCCCCGGGGGCAAGUCCAGCCUCAUCCUGGGUUGAAUCCCGACCCAACUGUCCCUCCUUACCUCCACUCAUCUCUGAACUCAUCUUUUUUUUUUUUUUCCCACGCCCCCCCAAAACAAGGAACCCUGCCCGUCCAUUUGUCUGUACCGCAGGAAUCCUAUCUGAUGUCCACCAGACACCAGUCUCCUCCACAUCCCAAGUGCAUUGUUUUGAUACCUCCUUUUUGAAAACUGUUUUGUACUGUUUUUAUUGUUUGUUUAUUUUGACAGAAGCACUUUAUGUAUUUCUAUGUAUAUGAUUCAGAGUCUGCCUUUGCCCCCUGUAAUGCAUUCAACCUGCCGAAAGGGUACAAGGAUCACAUUUCUCAUAUCAACUAUUGGCAAAUUUCCCCCCCUAGCUUGAUUGCGACAGAACAAGCUGUUGGCAAUUAUAUAACCAGUUUGUAAAACACAAAGCAAAGAAAAGCUGUCACUUCUGCACCGUGUUCAGUUUGGACCCAUCUUGCAUGCACGUCUGGUCUGUGAUGUAUGAAUGUGAGAAGAAACAUAACUGUGAAGAUUUUUUUUUUUUAAUUUCAAUUUAAUUUAAGCUGUUUCUGUUAGUUGUUUAUUGUGGAAUAAUUGUUGUAUUGUUGUUGCAUGAAGUCGGAAUCUUUCUACUGAUUAUAGUAUUAUAAUCCACAUAGGAGGCACAUAAAUUACUGUCAUUGUGAUCUGAAUUAAUGCAAACGUUUGUCUUCAGAUGGAUGCUGUAUGUCCCCCAUGUCAGGAAACAGAAUUGGAAUAAGCCUUUUUUUAUAUUGUAGUCACGAACCUUAGAUUUAUUGUAACCCCAGUGCCAGUUUUGAGUGCCCCACAUUUUUAUAGGUAAAUUUUACUCUGAAGCAAAGUGUGCCUGGUUUGUGUGUUAGGCUACAACAUCAAACAAGGUUGGGUUUUCCAGUUUCAUCCUACCAGUGUUGCCAAGACGUUUUUUUUUUUGUUUUUUUUUCCAUUGACAAGCCAGUGGAAUGUGGUCGGGCCUGAUAAGAAACAGUGGUGUUUCUGGUAAACCCAUCCUAGAUUUGAAAAGUGCCCUUAUGACAGCUCAGCCUUUUUCUAUGUUUUACUCCUUAUACAUUUGUUCACAAUCCUUCUCACUGGAUAUAUAGAACGGUCUUUUUGUACAUUUAACGUGACAUUAUUCAAACCAAAUUCAACCCUACCACCUUCUCCCUGCUUCUGUCUUGUCAAUUCAUCGUCGAGUCACGUGUGCGGCUGCUGUGUCAGCCAGCUGUCAUUCAAGAAAACCUGCAUUUCAGGUACAUGAAACGUCCUUCCUGGUGGUGUCUAUUUUAAAGUAAAGUGUUUUAUGAUGCAAGAAGACACGUCUGUCUGCAUCUUAUACCGAUUCUUGUUGCUGGAUGUAAGUCACUGCAGAAAUUUGGGAUUCAAGAAAUGGCACAAGUGGAAAAGAACAUUAAAAAUCUGUUUUGACCAUGA